GUCGACGUUAAGGCCCGGACCGUGCCUUCAUGUCCCCCCGUGCUUGAGCACACAUAAGCUGCUUGGAAUUUGCAUCGGAACUCGUCCCUGACUUGUCCUUGACAUCUCAAGCAGAGUGGACUUGGAAGUCUUUUUACUCAUCUCUUCUCUCUCGUCACAGCUCGAUUUUGCCCCGAGUCACCCACCAGCUGGGAUUAGCGUUGACGUUCUCUCCCCCAAGACCUCGAAAUACCCAAACAGCAGACACGACGCCCAGUCACUGCACCUCCGGCAAGCAGGCAGAAGGAGAGCCCGCGACUCAGGCCUUCAUAUCUGUCCGGUGACUGCCGUAUCUGGGCCUAGUCAGCACCGCCCCGGCUUCUCCCUAUACCGUUGUCCAAGGUCCCUGAGAGGCAUUUCGCGCCCAGUCUGGCAUCACCGAUAGUGCUCCUCCAAAACAUUUCCUUUCCUCGGAAUACCAAAACCAGCCUGUUCUCACUCACUCCCUGGAACCUAGAACGACUCUUUCCGCGUCUAUAGUCAAAUUCACCUCGCAUUCAAGACCCUUCUUUAACCGCCGUUCGACCUAGAAACCGACACCUGCUGCCCAGCCGCCUAGGACAGACAGUAUCUCUUGCGCAUCCCCUCGUCAUUGUGCCUGUGUGCAGCACAACUGAUCGAGUUUCCGCUUGAGCCUGCACAUUGCUUGUCCUGACCCUCGCUGUAUCUCAUCUCUCAGGCCAUUUGCCUGCUUGGUUGAAAAUGGAUACCCUUUUGACGGCCGAGAUUGCGGCCAACGCUCCACGAUACCGUCGGAAGAGCUCGACUUUCAUCGAUGCUAUCCACGAUGUCACUGAAGACCAGGACAUGGCCCCCGCCCAGCUCUACAGCACCAUGUCUGGCCGGCUGUUCCACUCCGGCAGGAUAGCAAUCGUCAUGGUCGGCCUCCCAGCCAGGGGCAAAACACACAUCUGUGUCUCCAUGGCUCGCUACCUUGCCUGGCUCGGGGUCAAAACUCGCAUCUUCCAUCUCGGGGACUAUCGCCGUGCUACUGUUGGUCCCGGCGGCCACGUCCCAGAGGAUUACUUCUUCCCAAACGCCACACCCUCGUCCGUCAUGCUGCGCCAGAAGAUCCUGAAGAAGUGUCGCGAAGACAUUUAUGCAUGGCUCAACCAUGAGAAUGGCCAGGUCGCCAUCUACGACGCUGUGAACCCCACUGCUGCUGGCCGACGUUCCCUGGCCAAGGAAUUCGCGAAACAUGAUGUUCAAACUCUAUUUCUCGAGUCAUAUGUCAAUGAUGACAAGAUCCUGCGAGAAAACGCGAGGAAUGUCAAAAUCCAUUCCCCUGAUUUCCAUGGCAUGGAUCCAGACGAGGCUGCCAAACUCUAUCUUCGACGAAUUGAGAUGAAAAUCCCCGUCUUCGAGACGAUGAACGAGAAUGAGUUGAAUUAUGUGAAGAUGAUCAAUGCCGGUCAGGGGUUCUUCUACAACAACGUCAGCUUUAACUACCUCUCACAUCGUAUCGUCUUCUACCUCACAAACCUGCACAUCAAAUCCAGAACAACCUUCUUCGUCCGAGCUGGCGCCGCGACCGAGGAGGACUCAUAUAAAGCCGAUGCCGGCCUUAGCGAGCCAGGCCAAGCUUACGCUGUCAAGAUGACGGAGACUCUCAUAAAACACCGUGAGCAGGAACGACAGGCGGCCAUCGAGGCUGGUGGAACUGAGGUUCCUUUGAAGCCUCUCACAGUGUGGACUUCAACAAGGUUACGGACCGUACAGACCGCAAAACCUCUUCAGGACCAAGGUUACAAAGUCCGCCAGCGCUCCCAGAUGAGUCAGAUCAAUCCCGGCGUCUGCGAAAAGCUAUCUGAGCGAGCCAUCCGGACCAUCUACCCCGACGAGGUCGAGAAGCACGAACUGGAUCCGUAUCACCAUCGCUAUCCACGAGCAGAGUCAUACCACGAUCUAGCUGUCCGCCUCGAGCCUAUCAUUCUGGAGCUCGAGCGUGAGCAAAAUGACCUCCUCAUCAUCGCGCACGAGUCCGUCCUGCGCGUGCUAUAUGCGUACUUGAUGCAUUGCAGCACCACCGAUAUUCCCAAGCUCAAGUUUCCCCGCGAUGAGAUCAUUGAGAUCAUCCCGGCGGCUUACCAGAACGAGGCGAAGCGUAUUCACAUUCCCGGCCUGGACCCGAGAAUGGUCCCCGGCUCACCUGAAGACAUACGCAUCCCUGUACCCUCCAUGCCCCCGAGCGGAACUUUAAGCCCAAUACCAGGCCUGUCCAGCCCUGUGGAAGGACAGGCCACUCCUGUGAACAUGGAGGGGCAGAGGCCACCAGAGAAAGUCAUUAACAAGGCUGCAGAGAUGGUUGCCGACAAAGUUGCUGAUGAGGACUAAGGAGGGAUAUGUGAUGUGGAUUGAAUGCAAAGAUGUUUGAUAGAGCUGAGCUUGCUUUGUACAAGUGAUGCUUGACUUUGAUGUUUGAUGUCCCCUCUGCAGACAGGACUUGCCUCACUUCAGGUGUAGCACUAGAGUUACAAAUAUCUACUUCUUUGUGGCAACUCAAGUUGGUAUCAAUCUUGGGUUGGCAGUCUGAGUGCUGAGGAAUUCAUGCUCGGAGGCCCUUUAAGCCACCUCAGCACC